GGUUUGAUUGUCACCUCGGGUCGCACAGUUAUUACUACCCUUCUCCUGUGAAUUGUCAAACAUAUGCUCUAACAUGGAUAACAAGAAGAAAGAUGAACCCCAAGAUCGGAAACCUGAUGAACUUGCUGAGUCGCUUGAUGACCUAUUCAGUAGCAUUUCCACCAUGAUCAAAUCAGAGCUUCAGGGGACUAAUAAUCACCUAGAACUGUUGGAGAAGAUGAAUGUGAGGGUAGCAGAAGAGUACAAAGGGUUUGGUGAUUUGGCUUCAGGGUUGAGAGUAUUUGUGGAGCAGUUGAAAUGCAAGAGUGGUAGCUUUAAUGAGUAUGUUGAGCAGAUUGAUAACAUUGAGAAGCAGGUGACUGAGUUUGAAGCUGUGAUCUCUAUGCUUGAAAGAUAUGUGGCUUUAUUGGAAUCGAGAGUGCAAUCUGAGUACCAAACCAAAAUCCAUCUUCCUAAUCAACAAUAAUGUACAAAUUUUACUUUUCAUGAUGAACAUUUGCCUUGUUUCCUACUUAGUGAAUGAAUUCCUAGAUUUACAAACUUUAUUGAUCUAUAUAUUUAUGAAGCAUUUAAUAAAAAGGAUGGAAACUGGAAAAUACACAUUAAAUCAC